AGCGCUGCGGGCAGGCGGGGCGCUGGGCUCGGCCGGGCCGCGCGGUGCAGGUGACUCCCCGGAGCCACCCCGAUCGCUUUGUGAAGCCGAUGCGCUCGGAGCCCCUGGGAGGGCGCGAGGCUGACGCGGGGCGACAGCUGACUUGCAGCCAGGAGGAGCGCGCGGGUGGUCCCGGUGGCAGCUGACUUCGCGGGUUCCCGGGCACCCGCUGCAAGAUAACUUCUCACCAUGAAAGCCCCUGCUGUGCUUGCACCUGGGAUUCUUGCGCUUCUGUUUACCUUCGUGCAGAGGAAUGACGGGGAAUGCAGCGAAGCGCUGGUGAAGUCCAAGAUGAAUGUGAACAUGAAGUAUCAGCUCCCUAACUUCACUGCCGAGACGCCCAUCCAGAAUGUGGUUUUACACAAACAUCACAUUUACCUCGGAGCUGUGAACUACCUUUAUGUUUUAAACGACAAAGACCUGCAGAAGGUUGCUGAAUACAAAACAGGCCCAGUGCUGGAACACCCAGACUGUUUGCCGUGCCAGGACUGCAACCGCAAAGCCGAUUUAUCAGGUGGCCUUUGGAAAGAUAACGUCAACAUGGCUCUGCUUGUUGACACAUACUACGAUGACCAGCUCAUUAGCUGCGGCAGUGUCCGCAGAGGGACCUGCCAGCGGCACGUGUUGCCACCAGACAAUAAUGCUGACAUCCAGUCGGAGGUUCACUGCAUGUACUCCUCGCAGGCUGACGAAGAGCCCGGCCAGUGUCCCGACUGUGUGGUGAGUGCCCUGGGAACCAAAGUCCUGCUGUCUGAAAAAGAGCGAUUUGUCAACUUUUUUGUGGGCAAUACCAUCAAUUCUUCUUACCCGCCCAAUCAUUCCUUGCAUUCUAUUUCGGUGAGAAGGCUGAAGGAGACACAGGAUGGUUUUAAGUUUUUGACAGACCAGUCAUAUAUUGAUGUCCUACCUGAGUUCCGAGAUUCAUACCCUGUGAAGUACGUCCAUGCCUUUGAGAGCAACCGUUUCAUUUACUUCUUGACAGUCCAACGGGAAACUCUGGAUGCUCAGACUUUCCACACAAGAAUAAUCAGGUUCUGUUCCAAAGACUCCGGGUUGCAUUCGUACAUGGAGAUGCCCCUGGAGUGUAUUCACACAGAAAAGAGAAGGAAGAGGGCUACAAGGCACGAGGUAUUCAAUAUUCUCCAAGCUGCAUAUGUCAGUAAACCCGGGGCUCAUCUUGCUAAGCAAAUAGGUGCCAACCCAAACGAUGACAUUCUUUAUGGGGUGUUUGCACAAAGCAAGCCGGAUUCUGCUGAACCAACGAACCGCUCGGCAGUAUGUGCAUUCCCUAUCAAAUAUAUCGAUGAAUUCUUCAAUAAGAUCGUCAACAAAAACAACGUGAAGUGUCUCCAGCAUUUUUAUGGACCCAACCAUGAGCACUGCUUUAAUAGAACACUUUUGAGAAACUCAUCAGGCUGUGAAGCGCGCAGUGAUGAAUAUCGAACAGAGUUUACCACAGCUUUGCAGCGUGUUGACUUAUUCAUGGGCCAGUUCAACCAAGUCCUUCUCACAUCUAUAUCCACCUUCAUUAAAGGAGACCUCACCAUCGCUAAUCUUGGCACUUCAGAGGGUCGCUUCAUGCAGAUUGUGAUUUCUCGAUCAGAAUCAUCAACCCCUCAUGUGAAUUUUCUCCUGGAUUCUCACCCUGUCUCUCCAGAAGUGAUUGUUGAACACCCGUUGAACCAAGAUGGCUACACAUUGGUUGUCACUGGGAAGAAGAUCACUAAGAUCCCACUAAAUGGCCUGGGCUGUGAACAUUUCCAGUCUUGCAGUCAGUGCCUCUCCGCCCCUGCAUUUGUGCAGUGUGGCUGGUGCCAGGACAAAUGCGUACAAGUGGAGCAGUGCUACAGUGGAACAUGGACUCAAGAGAUCUGUCUGCCUACAAUCUAUAAGGUUUUUCCAACCAGUGCUCCACUUGAAGGAGGAACAACAUUGACAAUAUGUGGCUGGGACUUUGGAUUCCGGAGGAAUAAUAAAUUUGAUCUAAAGAAAGCCAGGGUUUCCCUUGGAAAUGAGAGCUGCACAUUGACCUUAAGUGAGAGCACAACAAAUAUGUUGAAAUGCACUGUUGGUCCUUCAGCCAGUGAACAUUUUAAUAUGUCUCUAACUGUCUCAAAUGGUCGAGGGACGGCACAAUAUAGUACCUUUUCUUACGUUGAUCCUGUAGUAACAAGUAUUUCUCCAAGUUAUGGUCCUCAGACUGGCAGUACUUUGCUUACUUUAACCGGAAAAUACCUCAACUGUGGGAAUUCCAGACAUAUAUCAAUUGGUGGAAAAACUUGUACUUUAAAAAGCGUGUCAGACAGCACUCUCAAGUGUUAUACCCCAGCCCAAACCUCUUCAACUGAGUUUCCUGUUAAACUGAAAAUUGACUUAGCCAACCGAGAGACAAACAGCUUCAGUUACAGGGAUGACCCUAUUGUAUACGAAAUUAAUCCAACCAAAUCUUUUAUCAGUGGUGGGAGCACAAUAACAGGUGUUGGAAAAAAUCUGAAUUCGGUUAGUGUCCUGAAUAUGGUGAUAAUUGUGCAUGAAGCAGGAAGGAACUUUACAGUGGCAUGUCAACAUCGCUCUAAUUCAGAGAUAAUCUGCUGUACAACUCCUUCAUUGCAACAGCUGAAUCUGCAGCUCCCACUGACAACCAAAGCCUUUUUCAUGUUAGAUGGCAUCCAUUCCAAAUACUUUGAUCUCAUUUAUGUACAUAAUCCCGUGUUUAAGCCUUUUGAAAAGCCAGUAAGGAUCUCAAUAGGCAAUGAAAAUGUACUGGAAAUUAAGGGGAAUGAUAUUGACCCAGAAGCAGUUAAAGGUGAAGUGCUAAAAGUUGGAAAUAAGAGCUGUGAAAAUAUAUACUCAUAUUCUGAAACCGUUUUAUGUACAGUCCCCAAUGACCUGCUGAAAUUAAACAGCGAGUUAAAUAUAGAGUGGAAGCAAGAAGUUUCUUCAACUAUUCUUGGGAAAGUGAUAGUUCAACCAGAUCAAAAUCUCACGGGACUGAUUAUUGGGAUUGUUUCAAUAUCACUAAUACUGUUAGUACUACUCAGCCUCUUCCUGUGGUGGAAAAAGAGAAAGCAAAUUAAAGAUCUGGGCAGUGAAUUAGUUCGCUACGAUGCAAGAGUGCACACUCCUCACUUGGACAGGCUCGUAAGUGCCCGAAGUGUAAGCCCGACGACAGAAAUGGUUUCAAAUGAAUCUGUAGAUUACAGAGCAACUUUUCCAGAAGACCAGUUUCCUAACUCAUCUCAGAAUGGAUCUUGCAGACAAGUUCAGUAUCCUCUGACUGACCUGUCCCCCAUCCUAACUAGUGGGGACUCUGACAUAUCCAGUCCAUUACUGCAAAAUAGUGUCCACAUUGACCUCAGUGCUCUAAAUCCAGAGUUGGUCCAGGCAGUGCAGCACGUAGUAAUUGGGCCAAGCAGUUUGAUUGUGCAUUUCAAUGAAGUCAUAGGAAGAGGCCAUUUUGGGUGUGUAUAUCAUGGAACUUUGCUAGAUAAUGAGGACAAGAAAAUCCAUUGUGCUGUGAAGUCCUUGAAUAGAAUUACUGACAUAGAAGAAGUUUCUCAGUUUCUGACCGAGGGCAUCAUUAUGAAAGAUUUCAGUCAUGUCAAUGUUCUCUCACUGCUGGGAAUCUGUCUGCGAAGCGAGGGAUCUCCUCUAGUGGUCCUACCAUACAUGAAACAUGGAGAUCUUCGAAAUUUCAUUAGAAAUGAGACUCAUAAUCCAACUGUAAAAGAUCUUAUUGGCUUUGGUCUUCAAGUAGCCAAAGGCAUGAAAUACCUUGCAAGCAAAAAGUUUGUCCAUAGAGACCUGGCUGCGAGGAAUUGUAUGUUGGAUGAAAACUUUACUGUCAAAGUUGCUGAUUUUGGACUUGCCAGGGAUAUAUAUGAUAAAGAAUACUAUAGUGUACAUAACAAAACAGGAGCAAAACUACCAGUGAAGUGGAUGGCUUUAGAAAGUCUGCAAACUCAGAAGUUUACCACCAAGUCAGAUGUGUGGUCCUUUGGUGUGCUCCUCUGGGAGCUGAUGACAAGAGGUGCACCACCUUAUCCUGAUGUCAAUACCUUUGACAUAACAAUCUACUUGUUGCAAGGCAGGAGGCUCUUACAACCCGAAUACUGCCCAGAUCCCUUGUAUGAAGUGAUGUUAAAAUGCUGGCACCCUAAAGCUGAACUGCGCCCAUCCUUCUCUGAACUGGUCUCAAGGAUAUCCGGAAUAUUCUCUACUUUCAUUGGGGAACAUUAUGUCCAUGUGAACACUACUUAUGUGAAUGUCAAAUGUGUCGCUCCAUAUCCUUCUCUGUUGUCCUCACAAGGUAAUGUUGACAGUGAGGGGAACACAUGAUGGAUGGAUACAACAUUCCCAGAUACUCUCUGAGAAAUAUCAUAAAACUGUCAAAACAGUCCCCACCUCGUCCAAGAUUAUUUUCACUGCCUGGCCAAUUGAAGGUCACAAGAUAUUUUUUGCCAAAAUUGCACUACUAUAGAACUUUUUAUUAUUUUAAAGUGCUGAAUUCAAAGGAAUUUCUCACCUGACAAAGCAUCAGAGCCAGAAGUUUGGCCCUACAGGCCAGUGACUAAGGACUGCCCUGCUGCUACUAUGUCUCACCUGCCAUGUUCAGGCCAAACUCUGGAUUCUGGACUGAAAUUUAUAAAAAAAAAAAAAAAUCAACAAUGUUACCUGAUUCCUUGUGGAAAACAAAGGAGAUACUAUUGAAGCCACUUGGUCGCAGAACAUUUCAAAGAAGUGAUAAUAUCUAGGAAAGAUAUGCAGCUCCAGAACCAAGCCAUUUAGAAUUCAGUCUUUCGAAGAACUUUUGUUUUGUUUUGUUUUGUGUUGACAAACCACAUGAGUGGUUCUUCAUUACUGUUUUUUAUUACUGAUGUCAUUUUCCUGCCAGACAAACAUUCCCUUUGAAAUUGUUGCAAACACAUUCCUUUUUUAUUAAAGAAAUAUCCUUAGGCAAUGCAGUCAACAUUUUAAGACAGCAGGACAUGGUUGUGUUUGUAAAUUAACAGGAUAUGUACAUGUUGUACAUAGAUGCCUUUAAGAAGGUUUUUAUAAAAUAGUCACAACAGAAUAUUUAGUUGUCAUUUAAAAGUCAUCUAAGAAUCAUACUGUUCUGAUUUAAUGAAGGUGGAUAUUAAGAUGUUUUGUCUGUAUGUAUUUUUUUAAUGAAAAUAAAACAUUACUUUUGGAUAAGUGUUUUUAAAGGUAACUCAGCAUGUUUUAAAAACAGAAGAAUACAUCUGACUGAAAGGUUUAUUGGUUCCAGUCAUCUGAUAGGUAGAGCUAGGAAAAUAUCAAUGGACUGGAAAUAUUAGCCUCUUUCUCAGGUGGCAGCUUUCCAUCCCACAAACAGUUGGACAGUAAAGCUUAAGGGACCAUUUUUGAUUUAGUACAUAAUAUUUGUUAAGCUUAAUAUAUUUGGGAGGAAAAUAGGCAAUGAAAAAUUCUGACCAUUUUUCCUAGACAGUCACUUUUGUGAUGUUUUGUUAUGUGGAAUUUUGUGCUUACUACUGUAUAGUGCAUGAGGCACAAGAUACUCUUAACUGGUUUUGUCAAUGUAACACUUAAAGUUUUAUAUUUUUAUAAAAAUGUUUAUUUUUAAUGAUAUCAGAAAACUUUUGUUAGCCACAAAAACACUGCACUGUGAACAUUUCAGAAAAGGAAUGUCAGACUUGGAUUAACAACAGCAUGGUUUUGAAUGACUAUAAAUGGUGAUAAGGAUAUAUACUGAUUUCUAGUACAUCCACCCUCAUUACAUCACCAGGACUUAAAGCCAAGGGUUAACACAGCAAGCUAUAAAAUGAAUGUGUUACACUGAGACCCAAUGGGCUGUUGCUGCAAGAGACUAAUUAAUACCAAAAGCUCUAUGACAGUGAUGGAACUUACCAAAAGGCCCAAGGAAUUAUACUGGAGAAAGACAUUUUAUUUCAUAAAUACUGAGUAAUAUGACUUCACGGAGUCUUAUAGAGAGUGAACAAAACAUAUAUAUAUACAUAUUCUUCAAAAAGAAAUCCCUCUGCCCAUGUCAAGAGAAAUUACAUCAAGAACAAAAAACGCUUGUGGAAGUAACUGUCAACAAUACUACACAUCUGUAUAUAUGCUUGAGAAAGCUACAAUGUGAAAAUCAUGUUUGCUAUUUAGAAACAUGUUCUUAGAUUAAUGUGUCUGAACCAAUUGUGAAAGUAAUUUUUUUAAGAAUUAGAUACUUGUCACUGCCUAUACCUGCAGUUGAGCUGAAUGGUACUUUGUAUGUUCAUAGUUGUUGUUCUUAUCGAUCAUAAAAUUAAAUUGUUGUAUCUUAUA